UCUUCAAUUUUCAGGGGGCAGAGACAUGGGUCGUAAUAUUUUGCCAGACGAAGUCAAUAAGCAUGAGACAAAUCUGUAUAUCAUGAUCAUCCAAAAAUGUACCCAUCCCUGAAGUUUUGACCCAAAAUCGAGUGAUUGAUGUGACUGCGCACGACGCUCAGAGUCACCCUGUCACAGGCACCAACGACGCGUUGUGUUGCAUCUCGCCAUUUCAAACCGCAACACAACACAUCAAACCACGCAAACAAUGACACGAUAGCCCCUGACAUACUCUUCGGCAAGUAGCGAAAGUCAGUCACAGUAUUAUGGCGACCUCCCCAUCCAUCAUCGCAAAGAUACAACGAAAAGUGUGGGACGGCAGUCUACCGCUCGAAAUCCGACUGGCAAGUGCAGACUGCAGGACCUACGAUGAAACAGAUCCAUAUCUGGUCAACGUUCCACGUCUCUCAUACCUUCCCUUCCUCCUCCCUCGUCUCCACGCCUUCUUUGCUCCUAAUCUGAUAAACCCCUCCAUGCCCCCUCACUCCGCCUGGCUAUCCUUCCAAAAUGUGGCUCUAAAAUACCAUUAUCCCAUCGGAUUACUCUACGACCUAUUUUCUGGAUCCCAACCCUCAGAUUCUGAAGAUGAUGGUACAGAGGAAGCAGAGAACUUGCCCUGGAAACUUGAACUUAGGUAUUCAGAGUUUCCGAGGGAGCAGUUGAUGGAAUUGGAUGCAGAGGGGAAAGUGGUGAGGGAUUGCUAUGUUAAUGCUGUUAAAGAGGCAGAUGUGAUACGCAAUGGAAAGGGAAACGUCUAUCUGGGAUUAAGUCAAGUGGACUGUGAUACACAAUGGCAAGCCGUCCAGUCACAAAAUCUCCAGAAAUUCAACACGAUAAACACAAAACUCCUAAACCCACCAGGAACAUCCCUCCGCAACGUCCCCAUGAAAAUCUACCUCCCCACCGCACCAAUUUCAAAUCCCGGAGAUGGAGAAGUACAAGCCAGUAUACGCACAGUACAAGAUCUUGUACCUCUGUUUUCUGCUUCCCGUCAAGCGAAUACAUUGGGUAUGGCUUUGAAUACGAUUCUGAAGACGGUGUUUCCCAGUAGGAGGAAUCCGGUGUUGGCGUCGCCUGUGUUGCAUGGUGCUGUUGUGCCGAUGAGUGCGCCGGUGGAGGAGCUGAUGAGGGCUGCUGCUUUUGCGGAUGGCUUCUUGCAUGUUGUUGUCGUCAUGCUGUGAGUGGAUAGACGCGACUGAGUGAUGUUAUCAUUGA